AUGAAGCUCCUCGCAAGAGCGACGCUGCUCCUAGCAGCUGUCGUAUCAGCCAUCAAGAACCCAAUUCUUCCAGGAUGGAACCCCGACCCAGCCAUCCUCCGCGUACAAGACACCUACUACAUGGCCGUCUCCUCCUUCACCUAUUACCCGGGCAUCCCAAUCUACAAGUCCACCGACCUCGCAAACUGGAACCUCGUCUCCCACGCCCUCCAAGACCCCUCCGUUCUCGCCCUCUACGGCGUCUCCGCCGGCGAGGGCGUCUGGGCCCCUUCCUUCUCCCACUACAAUGGCCUCUUCUACAUCACCUCCAUGACGCGAUGGGGCUCCGACCCGGACUCCCGCCCCUGGCCGCGGAUAUGGUACAUCUCCUCCCCGGACCUGAUCACCUGGUCCCCCCUAACCUGGGCGGAGCCCUAUGGCAUCGACCCGGAUCUAUUUCACGACCCGGCCACGGGGAAGUCUUAUCUCAACCUCAUGGGGCCUAAUAAUAACUACGACCGUCUAUGGGGCAUAACGCAGUGCGAAAUCGACCUCGGCACGGGGAAGUGCGUCGGUCCCUACGGCAAUAUCUGGAACGGUACGCUUCCGCAGCUACCCAGCUCCAGACCGGAAGGUCCCAAAAUGUUCAAGCGCGGGGAGUGGUAUUACCUCCUCCUAGCGGAAGGCGGCACGAGUACAGGCCACCGCGCGACGAUAGGCCGCUCAAAGUCACCUCAGGGGCCAUGGGAAUCUUCCCCGACGAACCCGCUCAUCUACAACGGCGCCGACCAGAAGCUCACGGUGCAGUCGACUGGUCAUGCGACGUUUACUGACACGCCGGACGGAGAGUGGUACGCCUCCCUGUUAGCAAGGCGGAACGUGAAGGGUGCGUCGCCGCUCGGUCGCGAGGCGUUUCUGGUGAAGGUAGAAUGGGAGGAUGGGUGGCCGACGAUGAAUGGCGGAAAGCCUCUAUUGCUGAGUGAGAGUGUCGACGGGCCUGAUCAGGAGUAUCCCAAGGCGAAAUGGGUUGACGAGUUCACGGGCACAAAGUUGGGAAUCGGUUGGUACCAGCAGCGGACGCCUUACACGGAGAACUUCCGGCUCAGGGGUGCGGCGCCGGCGCGUGGGCUUGGGAAGAGAGUGGUUGCCAACGACUCGGGGAUCGUGUUCAAUCCCAACGUCUUCACGCUCGGAGACCGGGAUACCGCGGCUGCUGUACUUCGCAAGCAGACGUCGUUGAACAUGACUUUCUCAGCUAGGCUGUCGUCGACGUCAGCUGAAAUGGGACCGAGGCAGUCGGUUGGAAUUGCUUCGUAUCUGAGUGAAGUCAAUCAUCAAGAUAUUGGCUCAACCGAAUACCCUCUUAACGAGCCAACGAUCCCCGCAGAUUUAACGCUUCAUAUUCGUGCCUCACCACUGGAGUACUCCCUCGGCUACUCGCGCAGCAACGCGACCUCGCCCACGUGGUUGAAGUCAUUCAACUCCAAGCAGAUGGGCUCGAACCCCGGGUAUCCCAACUUUGAGGGCUCCAUGUUCGCCCUCUUCGCCAGCGGUAAUGGAGAGCCGUGGCCGCACGACGCUCCUGAGGUGGGCUUCAACCGCGUCGAGGAGGUAUACUUUGACGAGGGUCUACCGGAUUAUGAUAAUUGGGCGUAA